AUGAAGACUCUCAACAAAAUUCUGUUACUCGCUUGUGCCACUUUCUCCAUUAUACAUCUUGUUAAACCUCAAAAUCAACAAGGAUUCAUCAGUUUGGAUUGUGGAUUACCUUCUAACGAGCCUCCUUAUAACGAACAGUUCACCAAUUUAACAUACAUAUCUGAUGCCAAUUUCAUCCACGGAGGAAAAACUGGUUAUAUCCAAAAUAACUCAGAGACCGCCUUUGUAUCGAAGCCAAACAGGGUUUUGAGAUAUUUUCCUGAUGGAAUAAGAAACUGCUAUAGUCUAAGUGUCACACAGGACACAAAGUAUCUCAUCAGAACCGUGUUUGUAUACGGCAACUACGACGGUCUUAGUAGUCCCCCACGCUUUGACCUUUAUCUUGGUCCUAAUAUUUGGACAUCUUUAGAUCUUAGAAAUUCGGGUAUGGCCGCGACUGAGGAGAUCAUUUACAUCACAAGAUCUAAUGGUUUAAAUAUAUGUGUUGUUAAGACAGGGACAAGUACACCAUUUAUAUCAGUCAUAGAAUUAAGACCAUUGCCAUAUGAUACUUAUACUACUCGAACUGGUUCCUUGAAGACUAUAGGGCACUUCUACUUCAACAAAACAGACAGAAUUAUAAGUUACCCCAAGGAUGUAUAUGAUCGUAUUUGGAUUCCAUAUUUUCCACUAGAAUGGACUCAGAUAAACACAACACUGAAUGUAAGUACCGUUUCUAAAGGCUAUUACCCACCAAGAGAUAUAAUUACGACCGCGGCCAUACCCACUAAUGCCAGUGAGCCUUUCACCUUCACCUGGAAGUUGGAAACCUCUGACAAUGAAACGUAUGCUUACCUUUACUUCGCCGAGAUCCAACAACUGCUGGCCAAUGAAACUAGGGAGUUCAAAAUUUUGGGGAAUGGUAAAGUUGAUUACGAUUCCUAUAGUCCUAUGAACUUUGAAGCAGAAACUUUGUUCAACUCUGCAUCGGUCAAAUGCGAGGGAGCUGUAUGUCGUCUACAGCUGAUCAAAACUCCCAAGUCGACUAAACCACCCUUAAUGAAUGCCAUAGAGAUUUUCAGCGUCAUACAUUUUCCACAGUCAGAGACAAGUACAGAUGAUGUCAUGGCCAUCAAAAGCAUCCAAACUACUUAUAAUUUGAGUAGAAUCAGCUGGCAGGGCGAUCCAUGUGUCCCAAAGCAAUAUUCUUGGAUUGGUUUAAGCUGCAACAUUGUCGAUACUUCCACACCACCAAGAAUUAUAGCAUUAGAUUUGUCUAAAAGUGGAUUAAGUGGAAUUAUACCCCCAAGCAUACAAAAUCUAAGCCAGCUUCAAGAACUGGAUUUAUCGAAUAACAACUUCACUGGAGAAGUGCCUGAGUUUCUAGCCAAUUUGAAAUUAUUGUUGGUCAUAAACUUAAGAGGAAACAAUCUCAGAGGUUCUGUUCCUCAAUCCCUUCUUGAUAGAAAAAAGGAUGGACUAAAGCUAUCUGUUGAUGCAAAUAUCAAGCAAUGUGGUUCAUGCAAAUCAAGAACCCGGGUGGUGGUGAUUGUUGUGUCUGUUUCUUGUGUGGCCAUUAUCAUAAUCGUGUUGGUUCUCAUCUUCUUUUUCAGAAAGAGAAAGAAAUCAACUUGCAAAGUUAUGCGUCCAUCCUUAGAAAUGAAACACAGAAAAUGUACUUAUUCAGAAGUCAAAGAAAUGACUAAUAACUUUCAAGUUGUUCUUGGUAAGGGAGGCUUUGGUGUUGUUUGUCAUGGUUAUCUAAAUAGUGAACAAGUAGCAGUCAAAGUUCUUUCUCAAUCAUCAACUCAAGGCUAUAAGGAAUUCAAAACAGAGGUUGAACUACUUCUAAGAGUCCACCACGUCAACUUAGUAAGCCUCGUUGGAUACUGUGAUGAAGGAAAUAAUUUGGCUCUCAUAUACGAAUACAUGGAAAAUGGAAACUUAAAGGAACAUCUCUCAGGAAAACGUAGAGGCUCUGUUUUGAAUUGGUCGAGUAGACUUAAAAUAGCCAUCGAAUCUGCGUUAGGAAUUGAAUAUUUGCAUAUUGGAUGUAAGCCGCCAAUGGUCCAUAGAGAUGUGAAAAGUACCAAUAUAUUGUUAAGUGAAACUUAUGAAGCUAAACUUGCCGACUUCGGACUUUCAAGAUCUUUUCUAGUGGGGAGUAACACUCAUGUAUCAACAAAUGUUGCUGGCACUAUUGGCUAUCUUGAUCCCGAAUACUACCAAAAGAAUUGGUUAACAGAGAAGAGUGAUGUUUAUAGCUUUGGGAUAGUGUUACUGGAGAUUAUCACUGGCCAACCUGUGAUUGAAAAAUCACGUGAGAAGUCUUACAUAGUAGAAUGGGCCAAGUCAAUGCUCGCAAAUGGUGAUAUUGAUAGUAUCAUGGAUCCGAAUCUCCAUCGAGGAUAUGACACAAGUUCAUCUUGGAAAGCUCUUGAAUUAGCAAUGUCAUGCAUUAACCCUUCUUCCACAGAGAGACCAAACAUGACAAGGGUUGCCCAUGAACUCAAUGAGUGUUUGGAGAUAUAUGAGAGCUUAAGCAAAAAGAGCCAAGAUGCAAAUUCAACCAAUUCCAUGAGACAUGGCAUAAGUUUCAUCAGUGAUACUCCUUCAGCUCGUUAA